AUGGAUAUGCUUAACACCAUUCUCAAUGUUCUUCUACCUCCUCUUACCAUCAUCUUUCUCUUUCUCUUUUACCCAUUUUACCUUUCGAUCAAACUUUUGAUUUGUCUCUAUAAGCACUUUCGCUUCGAAAAUGUAGCCGGAAAAGUAGUUCUAAUUAGCGGAGCUUCCUCCGGAAUCGGAGAGCAUCUAGCAUAUGAGUAUGCAAAGAAAGGAGCAUAUUUGGCUCUCGUUGCUAGAAGAAAGGAUCGUCUAGAGAUAGUAGCAGAAGCAUCACGUCAAUUAGGAUCUUCUGAUGUCAUCAUCAUACCUGGUGAUGUUGCUAACGUUGAGGACUGCAAAAAGUUCAUCGAUGAGACGAUUGGACAUUUCGGAAAACUAGACCACCUGAUCAACAAUGCUGGAGUAUUUCAAACCGUUCUUUUCGAAGAUUUCACUCAAAUUCAAGACGCUAAUCAUAUAAUGGAUAUCAACUUUUGGGGAUCAACAUACAUCACUUACUUUGCAAUUCCUCAUCUUCGAAAAAGCAAAGGAAAAAUCAUUGUGACUACUUCUGGUUCAGCAAAUAUACCUUUGCCAUUGGCAAGCAUCUAUGCAGCAAGCAAAGCAGCAUUGUUAAGAUUCUUUGAGACAUUAAGAGUUGAGAUAACUCCGGAUAUCAAAAUAACAAUUGUUAUACCCGGAGUCAUAGCUACAGACAUGACCACCCCUCACUUCAUAGAAAAGUAUACUUCAGAUUUUAUCAUGUCGGAAUCAGUGAGUAAAUGCGCAAAAGCAAUCUUCAGAGGUAUUUGCAGAGGAGAGUCAUACAUAGUAGAGCCAUCUUGGUUGAAAUGGAUGUUUUUGAUGAAAAAUGUUUGUCCUGAUAUCGUUGACUAUUUAGCCAGCUAUUUAUUUCUUCGUUAUCUCAAGCCUUCUUUUAAGCGUGAUUGA